AUUGCGUCGUAGGUAGACUACCUAGUACAAGCGCAAACCUCUUCUCUCUCACUCACUCACAAAAGUAUCCAAGUUUCCAGCAUUGCGCGGUGUGCAUCCAAACCUUACUUUGAAUCCCCUGUCUGGCUGCCUGGAGCUUGGUGUGAGGUGGUGGCUCAGAGAUUAGAUUAGUUCCAAAUCAAACAUUGGGAAGCAAGCUGGGUUGAACCGGAGGGAUGCAGUUCUUCAGCCAACCGGCCCAGUGCCUGCGUCGAGCGUCGCACCCUUGUUGUAGAGCUAUCAGGCACCUUUCUUCCCUGCAAUUCUCAAAUCCAGCUCCACAGUCUCUGUAUGGACAUAGGACUGCGUUGUCGUAUGCCUCGCAUGAAGAGCAAGCUGCCGGCGGACCCACGAGGUGGACAAGUCAGUCAUCAUCUGCCACCAGCUUUCCAAACAAGCUCGCUGGCUGUAGGGGCUUUGCAGCGAGCGCGUCGGAAGGGAGUGGAUCUGUGCAACAAGUGGAGGCGGCACUAGAGGAGAAGCUGAGGUCGGCGCUUGACGCAACAAGGGUGAAAGUCACCGACACCUCAGGUGGGUGCGGAACGAUGUACGAGAUCGUCGUAGAGUCGAAUGCAUUCCAAGGAAAGAACACUCUGCAACAACAUAGAAUGGUCAACAGCGCUUUAGCAGGGGACGUUGAGAAGUGGCAUGGAUUCACCUUGAGGACACUGGCGCCAAAGGAGUAGCUUCCAACAUUCAAGGAAUGCAUGUCAUGUACAUAUCAGGAUUGGAUGCUUCCAAGUUAGGCCCCCUUGCAAUUUGUAUGCUUCAAAUUGACGACCAGCGUCAUCAUUCGCUUGUGUACAUAAGGGUUGAAAAGUGGUCUAACCCGGGCUUGAGCUUGCAGGCAUGCAGAUGCGGCAUUUAUAGAAGGUAGUUCCAGCUAUGAUUGGAAAAUUGGAG